CUGGAGCUGACGGAGCUAACUGAGCUAAACAGCGGCUAACAGAGUCAUUUAAGCCUGGAGGAAGCUGUAGUCCGCAGCAUGCUAACCUGUUAACUCUAGGUUAGCAUGUAGCCCGAGUUAGCUUCGUACAGCCUCUAUUAGCUGCGUGGUUUAGCUCUGAUGGGUCUCUGUCAUACAUGUUAUUAUGAUCAUGUGAGGUCAGAUGGUUACACCUGUUAUAACCGGAGUGAUUGGAGCUAACUGAGCCCAGAGGAAGCCGCUGUCCACGGCAGACCAGCCUGUUUGCUCUCAGGUAGCAUGUAGCCAGAGUUAGCUAGCCUCUAUUAGCUGCUGUGUUUGACUCUGAUAAGACAAUAAGUGUCCGUAUGGUCCGUUCGUUCACUGUAAAGUGUUUAGUAGUCGUUCUCCUCAAAUGAUCUGGAGGAUUAUUAGUGAAACAUGAGAUCAGGUCUGUGUUGUCAGCUGGAAUCGUGUCUAAGUGAAGGUUGGAGCAACUGAAGGAACGAGGGGUGAUUCAAUGAGUGAACGUUUCAAACCGAGCCAGGGUCAUACGCUGUACAAGGUUAUGCUAGUUUUUAUGGUCAUACAUGUCGGACCUGCAGCUAACAGCUGCUGGGACUCGUUCUGGUCGCUGGAUAGUUGCAGCGUAGAGGACAACCUGGUCAGGUGAACCUGCUGGAUCUGAGUGACGUCAUUAUAUCUGCUGCCCAUCCCUCAAGUUCAGGAGAGCUGAGCCGUUACCUCCAGGUUGUCUGGCUGUUGGACGAUGCUGUGUUGGUCCACUGGGUGGCGCCUCCUGAGUCGAGCUCACCUCCUCCUUCCUCGACACGCCGCUCGGUCCAUUGCCAUGUACGCCACCCGCCUCUACAGCACUGCGGGGGGAGGAGGAGGUGGAGGCGGCAUCAAACAAGGCCGAAGGGCAGGGCUAGCGGUGCUUGAGGCUCCUCACCCUCAUCAUCCUCAUCCACCGCCGUCUCCUGUUCACCCGACCUACCCUCUUUACCAGGGCCGUCCAGACGCCCAUCGAGGACCGCAUUUUCACCAUCACUACCACCCUCACACCCACCAUGUGGCUCCGCCCCCUCUACCCCCACAUUACCAGCACCAUGUUCCGGUCCACAAUUAUGGAGGAGGAGCCCAGGCCAACAGUGGGAAGAAGAAGACAUGGAACUUCAUCCACGAGAAGAUGAGCUAUGACACAUUCUUCACGAUGAAGCGUCUGAUCGAGCGCUCACGGCAACCCGAUGAGGUGCUGCGUUGGGUCACCCAGAACCCCGCCAAGAUCUCCCACAACCACUACCCUGUCGCCCUGCAGAAGAUCGGACAGCUUCUGCAGUUCUCGCCCUCACCACGGACUGUUGGGGACAGCACCGACGGCGAAGCGCCAGAGGUCGACAGGCGGCAGAUCCUGGAGCAUCCGGACUUCCAGACCCUCUGUGACGCGAUUGUCAACGACUGCGCCAAGUUCGACAACUUCAGCAUCGUGAACUGCCUGUACGCCGUUGCCUCGCUUGGACUACCAAGCGACUCCAAGGUUGUCCACGUCUUGGAGGCGGAGUCCCAGUCUAGACUGAACCAGUUCAACCAGAAGGAUGUGUCCAUGGUGUUCAGUUCCAGCAUGAGGCUGCACCCAGGCAGCCAGCACCCACUGACGGAGGCCUGCCUUGCCGGCCUUGAGAAGAACCUGGAGCGAGAGCGCCAUCCACAGACGCUCUUCCUGCUGCUGUCCUACUACAGGCUCAAGUUGCGCUCACUGCAGCCACCAGAGCCCCCUGCAGGGGGCGUCGCAGCCGCCAACAGCAACACAAACACGCCUCCAAACCCUGAGCAGCUGGUUGUCAACAGGAAAAUCCUGCGGCUCGUCAAGCACACUUUGGCCAGCGUCAGCGGCGUCCGUGACCAGGAGAUGGCGCUACUAGACGAAAUGCUGGCAGCGUGCGCCCGAGAGGCAAGCAACAAGAGUCUGGAACUGAUAUUCAGCUCUCAUUUGUUCUACCAGAACCGGCAGGAAAAGUUCAUUAACAGCCUAGCAGAGGAGCUGCCCAAGAAGGUGGACAGCAUAACGCCGUACACCAUGGCUCUAAUCGCCAAAUACAUCGCCCGCCACCGCCUGAGGGAGACCCGGCUGCUCGACACCAUCGCAGACUUCCUGGUUAGGAAGGCUGAGUACCUGGACAGUAAGGUGAUACAGAAGCUGGUGUUCCCCUUCAGCCGGAUGAGUUACCGUCCAUCCACUGAGAAGCAGUUUUUUUCUCGGCUUGAGGAGGUGGUGGAGCUGAAGGCGCUGAGCUCGCCGCUAGCCACCGUUAACAUCCUCAUGUCACUGUUCCAGCUGGGACACUUCCCUGGAACGGUGCUGCACCGAGUCUUCUCUUCCACCUUUAUCAGUAACGUCACAAAUAGCCCGUAUGCUCUGAUCGUCAGAAGGUACCUCUCUCUUCUGGAUGCUGCGGUUGAGUUGGAGUACCGCGACUACACAGGCCCCCGCCUACAGAAUGCCCAUAAGGUGCUGAUGUUUGACCACGCCCUCACAGCGGACGAGGUCAACCGUAAGUACAGUUAUAAAGGUCUGGUGGCUGAAGCUCUGCGGCAGCUGUUGGGAGAACCGAACUACAAACAGGACGAGGUGCUGCCCCCUGGCUACUACACAGACUUUGUGCUCUGGUUGGACUGUUCUGGCCAGGUUCUGCCCAUUAGAUCUGGACCCUAUGUUCCUCCUCCCUGCAUUACCAUGGCGACCAAGCCAGCUGCUGGUGCAGUUGAUGCAGUGACCUCAGAGCUACAGAACUUCUCUCCGUUCACAGCACUCGAGGAUGGCACCGAACAGCCCUGUCCAGUGGCUGAAGGAGUGGGUGGAGCCACAGCGGACAGGUCCUUCAGGCCACACCACAUGUGCAGCAUGGCGGGGGCUCCUGCCACCUCAGAUGUCCCGCGGGCUGGUACCAAUGGCGGACCCCUGGAUUAUGCCCCGUACUACGUUCCUGCAGCUCAGUACUACUCUGGUCUGGCCAAGGAGCACUCUGUUGAGAGCCAAGACAGCUCCACACUCAGCAGCCCCCCCUCUGAUGGCCUGGCCCCGCCCCAGGCACCGCCAGGGGCCACUGCCCCAGACUCUCUCUUUCAGUUUUCCAUUGGGAAGAUCUUGCAGGACGAAGGAGCCACAGUGGCCCCGAAGGUUCAGGGGACAGACUGUGAGUUGCCGGGGUUUUACUCUGAGGGGUCCGGCGUCAACAGGGGGGCCCCAUUACCACAGCUCUGCCCCCCUGAUAAAGCAGAUCCAGAGGGACCCCCGACAGAGCAGAGGCAGAUCCACAGGGUUAUCAUGUCCGUUAACGACAAGUGGCACUACUGUCACAACUCUGAGGUUCUGGUUGGGUCCCGAGCAAUGAGAGACCGUCACCUGCGGCUGCUGGGGUACAUCAUUCUGCAGCUGCCGUACCAUGAGCUGGAGAAGCUGAACGGCAUCGAGGAGGUGAAGCAGUACCUGCACAAGAAGCUGCUGGAUGUCCCGCUAUGACCGUGUGUGUGUGUGUGUGUGUGUGUGUGUGUGAUAGAGAGGGAGGUGGCAGGGCCAGACCUGACCUGUCAGUCAGGACUCGGGGACAAUGACGAUCUCUGAAGAUGGACUGAAGAAGCUUGUGUUGCUGAUGACUUCCUGUGUUCAUCGACCAAUCGAAACAGCCGCCAAUCUGUCCCUGUGACAAACUGGUCUCUGACUGAUUAUUGAAGCUUUACCACCAGGUGGACUCAGAUUCCCAUCAGGCUGUGCGGCAGCCUGCAGGUGUGUUCACUGACAGGUGAGCUGAAGAGGUGUGAAUGAUAAUCAUUUUUCUGUGGGGCAGGGUUCCAUUUUCUAAAGUUCCGUAUCCAUGGUAACAGUGAUGCAUGAGGGACAGUUUUUAAAGCAUGUGCCAAAGGUUCUUGGGGUGAAAGGUCAGAUUAUUUAUUUGUGUAUCAGGAGACGGACAGAAGUUUGUUUAUAUUCUGGAAGUCUAUCAGCUGAAAUAUGUAUAAAAACUAAAACAAGCUGA